AUGUUUAAUCUCAUACCUACAAUGACCCGUUCACUUAAAUCAAAAACACCUUUGCAUUCUUCCUACGAUAGACUCGGACUAGUGCUAAACCAUUUAGGCGCUUCGAGAUCACACACCAGAUCAUAUACCUCUGUAUCCAUAGGUGCCAAAUUCUCAACAAAAUAUAAGAACUAUGCUCUCAAUGAAUCCAACAAGGUGAUUUCAUACUUCCAUGACAUACCUCUAAAUUUGGACGUUGAGAAUGGUACGGCGACGAUGGUCGUAGAAGUUCCGAGAUGGUCCAAUGCCAAAUUCGAGAUUGACACCAAGGCGACAGGAAAUCCUAUUGUUCAAGAUGUCAAAAAAGGUCAAGUACGCUUUGUCAGGAAUCUCUUCCCUUAUAACGGGUACAUUCACAAUUAUGGCGCCCUUCCACAAACUUGGGAGGAUCCAACCCAGAAAAGUGGCAGUGAGGACCUAUACGGUGACGGCGAUCCCUUGGACGUAUGUGAAAUUGGGUCAGCAAUCCUUAAAACUGGCCAAGUUACUACUGUGAAGAUUCUAGGAUCGCUUGCUUUAGUGGACGAUGGAGAGUUAGAUUGGAAAAUAAUCGUCAUUAACACUCAAGAUCCACUUGCAAAGAAUUUAUCAGACAUAGAAGAUGUGAGUGUCCAUUGCCCUGGUCUUUUGGAUGCAACACGUCAAUGGUUUCGUGACUAUAAGCUUGCUGAUGGCAAGGCCAAGAAUGUUUUUGCAUUAGGUGGACAAUACAGAAACCAAAAAGAAACAAUUGAAACAAUUUUUGAAUGCCGCGCAGCUUGGGAUAAGUUAGUCACUGGAAAGAGCGAGGCUUCUGGUUUCGCAAUAGACAACAUCACUUUGAAAGGCACCCCAAAAAACGUUGAGUCGUUUUCAUUCAAUGAAGAGGUUUUGGCGAGCAAGCCAGAAGCAGAUACUGAAAUUCCGGCAGAUAUAUUUCGGAGUUUCUACUUCUGA